UGUGUCCCCGUCCCGGGCGGGAGAAAGACGGGCAGUCGGCUUUCACGACCGGGGAAAGCCUAUGGGACCCUUCCACCCUGUCCUGCAAGGUCGCGAUGAGUCGGGACCAACUAGAGGGCAGUGGAGUUUCUUGAUGGACAGCUUGGCGGCGGGGCGCGAGAAGGUCCCCGGGUCGGCCCUCCCGCCUACGUCACAGGAGGGCGACGGUUCUAGGAGCGGGGAGCGUCAUCGGGCAGCGCCGGGCUGCCGGUAAGGUGCAGUGCCCAGCGCAGGCCGAACCCGUUGGUGCUCAUGGCCCUACGGGCGCUGACCCGCACUCUGGGCUCUUUGAGCCUGUCACCCUCGGCUGCCACCUCCUGCGCCCCGAGCCUGCUCCCCGCCACCCAGGUGAUAAGCCAUGCCUUCCUCCAGUCACCGUCGACGUCACUGUUGCUCCCCUACCGGCCAGUCCUUACCUCCGUGGCCCUUAGUGCCAAGAUUAUGUCCUGGAAGAGUCGUACCAAGUACACCAUUACACCGGUGAAGAUGAGGAAGUCUGGGGGCCGAGACCACACAGGCCGGAUCCGAGUGCACGGCAUUGGCGGGGGCCACAAGCAGCGUUAUCGAAUGAUCGACUUCCUGCGAUUCCGACCCCAGCAGGAGACCAAGCCAGGACCUUUUGAAGAGAAGGUUGUUGUGGUCCGCUAUGAUCCCUGUAGGUCGGCAGACAUCGCUCUGGUUGCUGGGGGCAGCCGGAAACGCUGGAUCAUUGCCACUGAGAACAUGAAGGCUGGAGAUCUGAUCCUCAACUCAAAUCACAUAGGCCGGAUGGCAGUUGCGGCUCAGGAAGGGGAUGCACAUCCUCUGGGGGCCCUGCCCGUGGGUACCCUCAUCAACAAUGUGGAGAGCGAGCCCGGCCGAGGGGCCCAGUAUAUCAGAGCUGCAGGUACUUGCGGUGUGCUGCUGCGGAAGGUGAACGGGACAGCCAUCAUCCAGCUGCCCUCGAAGAGGCAGAUGCAGGUUCUGGAAACAUGCACAGCAACCGUGGGCCGGGUCUCCAACGUCGAUCAUAACAAACGGGUCAUCGGCAAAGCGGGCCGGAACCGCUGGCUGGGCAAGAGGCCUUCUAGUGGGCUCUGGCAUCGCAAGGGAGGCUGGGCUGGCCGGAAGAUUCGACCCUUGCCCCCCAUGAAGAGUUAUGUGAAGCUACCCUCAGCCGCUGCGUAGAGCUGACCCCUGGAUUGAAAUAAAAUGACCCCUGAUUUUUGUUACUGUU